CGAAAACGUGCGUGACUCACCGGUAAAGUGGGAGUUGCCCUGAUCCCAGUGUCGUGUCGUCACUUAGCGGGCUUGUUUACCAAAGUGAUGGUUUGGACGAGAGGUGCUGCUGGCGCUGCUGGAAACAGUUCCUGAAGUUUUUGGUGGCAAGUUUUUCCAUGUUUGGGUCUCUACAUGCCGAGACAAUAAGUUAUUAGGUAUAGUUUAGCGUUGUUGCUCUUGAUAUCUCUAUUCAAUGACUUCCUCUAUCUUAUCAUGGAUUUGGAGCGAAAGAUUUUGGCUGCCCGAAAAUGUAACAUGGGCGGAUCUAGAGCAUCCACCUCCAGGGGUGGAAUAUCCCCGAAUAGGCCAAAUUGUGUAUGCCAUACCCUUGGCAUUUGGCGUGCUUUUUCUACGGCUACUUUUUGAAAGGCUUGUCGCCAAGCCCUGUGCCCAGAUACUUCAUAUUCAGGCUGAUGUGAGUCGUCCACCUCAGAGCAAUGCUGUCUUGGAGAAGGUGUAUGGAUCCAGAACGUCUCCCGAUGAGAAGCAACUGGCUGGACUCUCUAAGCAACUGGACUGGGAUGUGCGGAAGAUUCAGAGGUGGUUUCGCCUCAGGCGUAACCAGGAUAAACCAAGCUUGCUCAAAAAGUUCUCUGAAAGCAUGUGGAGGUUUACGUUCUAUCUUGGCAUAUUCAUCUAUGCAAUUCGCUAUUUAUGGGUGUCUCCUUGGAUGUGGAAUACCAAAGAAUGCUGGUACAACUACCCAUUUCAGCCUGUAAGCCCUGGCCAGUACAACUACUAUCUAGCUGAGUUGGCCUUCUACUGGUCCCUCAUGCUCACCCAGUUUACAGACGUCAAGCGCAAGGAUUUCAACAUUAUGCUGGUCCACCAUUUCGCCACCAUCUCUCUCAUCACGUUCUCCUACGCUAACAACAUGCUGCGGAUGGGAACCUUGGUCAUGUGUGUGCAUGACGCCGCAGACAUCUUCCUGGAGGCUGCUAAACUUGCAAAUUAUGCCAAGUGUCAGAAGCUAUGCGACACACUGUUCAUCGUGUUCAGCCUAGUUUUCUUCAUCACUCGCCUUGUCAUCUAUCCAUUCUGGGUGGUCCGCAGCGUUCUGAUCGAGAGCUGGGAGAUUGUGGGCCCCUACCAGUCGUGGUGGCUGCUGAACGGGUUGCUACUGGUGCUGCAGGUCCUCCACGUCAUCUGGUUCUACCUCAUCGCUCGCAUCGCCAUCAAGGCCUUAUUCAAGGGAAAGGUUGCAAAGGACGACCGCAGUGACAUUGAGAGCAGUUCGGAGGACGAAGCCGACACACACUGCAGGAGUUCAAAGGACUCCAAGGACUCCAGCUCGAAUGGCUGUUCCAGGACCUGAGCUAAUAUCUGUACAGGAUAUUACCAAUGACAUCCAUCUCUGUUGUUAUUUUAAAAAGAUAUGUGGCUUUAAAAUCACUUCCGGCAGAGUUACGCUGACAUCCACCUUGCGUCUGGAGUGAGGACUAUUUAUCACUGUGUGUCUUUUGUGUUUACAGCAGUCAGGUACUUACAGAAUGACCUUAGACGAUUUUAUAAAGCAAGUUUAUUUUCUGUUGUUUUGUAUUAAGAUUACAAUUUCAGUGAAAUAUUUUAUUCUGUGAAAUGAAAGAGCUUUAUCAUUGAAUAAUAUAUUUGAUGGUUGUAGAAGUAUUGUUUUAUAUGCCUUAAAGAGAAUGUUCAAAAAUACCAAAUUAUGUCAAAUUAAAUUACAUUAAACAUGUUUUUAAUGUAAUUCACUAUGCAUUCCUUUUCAGUAUAUUUAAUAUAUUUAUUAAAUUGUUGAAUAAAAUGUCAUAGUUG